UAUUCAUUAUCAUUACCUCUCACCUUAACGCCAUCUGCAUUGCGCAAUUUGCUUAUUUUGGGUUAUAUUUCAUCGUUGUGUCCAACUCCUUCGCUGGGAUCUUUAUGUGACUCCACGCCAUAUUCCGUUCCAUUCGAUCGCAUCUCCGUACAUCUCAAUCAAGAGCUGGGCGCACUUCCCGAGACACAUCUCUUCGCUGCCCUCAACUGUGCACUGGUUGCGUUGUGUUCAGUACAGUGGGAUAGCGAUCAAAUUAAGGGCAAACGUCAUAUACUGGAAGAUGAGACGAUGCCAGGCUAUAUAAUUGAUAAUGAAGUAAUGUUGCGUUGUUUUGGAUUUGGUAUGAUUCGUGCGAUUGACAUAGAGGAGCGUCUAUUUUAUGUAUUAACUCCAGUUGAUCGACAGUUACUGAACGAAGUGAACGUAUUCUCAAAGGGUGCCAAUAUCGAUAUUCCAAACGCAUUCCUCAGUCAACAGAAGGCACGUGAUGCACCGUACGUUGUGCGUUGUAACAAAAACGGUCUAACGGAUGGCUUAUUGCUUGCGGUUACAGGAAGGCAUAUUCGUUAUUUCGUUGGUCAUGGAACUGUAUUCUGCAAAUAUUGCUAUCACAGAAUGUCGAGAUCUCCAGAAAAUGUUCCAUCGACCGAGCGAAGAAACAUGCAAUGGAGAGUUGAAGAGGUACGUCGCAACGACAACUUGUCAUUCAGUGCCAUACCGAUGAUACCACGGGAGUACGUUCGAGGAGUUGGAGAAAAUGGUAUGGUGACGGAGGGGAGUGUAUGGCGUAAUGCAUUGAACAAUCCGUUGGUACCGUUGGGAAUGUUAGCUACAGUGGGUUGUUUGAUUGGAAUGUGUCGUGCCACGUUGAAAAGAAACAUGUACCGAGCCCAACUGUACAUGCGAGGUCGAGUUGCGGCGCAGUUCUUCACGGUUUGUGUUCUGGCCGGAGGAGCUCUGGCAUAUGGAAACUUCAAUCCGAACAUAUUCGAGUCACGAAAGAAAACUGUUCCAGGUCAAUCCGAUGCUGAACUCGUCAGCACUCAUCAACCAGAAUCUGCUUGA